AUGUGGAGAAAAGCGAUCCUUUUUGCCACUUUGGCAUUACUAGGGAAUGCCGCCAUUUUGGAUGUCAUCGAUGAGAAUAGCAGAAGCUUAGAUGCAUUAAUUGAAGAGCUCAAAAAUCGAGAAAUUCGUCGUCCCGAUGGAGAAAUACUAGAAGAAUGCAAGAGUAAACCAGCUGACAUCGCCUUCAUUAUUGACGAUUCUCGAAGUAUCUAUGGACCCGAUUUCUACAAAGGCAUGGAAUUCAUACAAAGUUUUGUGAACAUUUUUCAAAUUGGUCCCCAAGAUGUUCGCAUCGCCGCCGUCACAUUCGGUGAGGUAGUGAUAACAUAUUCGGCUUUCGGGUUUGAAGCGAAUAACAAUAAACGUGAAGUUUUUAAUGCUCUUGGCAGAAUCACGUUCGAACCUAAUUAUGGAGGUAAGACCUACACAGAUAAAGCCAUUACUUAUGCCCGUAACAAUUUUUUCAACCAUGCGCGGCCAAAUGUUAAAAAGAUUGCUAUUGUCCUUACCGAUGGAAGAUCCGAUAAUCCGCCAAAGACAAAGGCAGAGGCGGAUCUCCUGAAAAGCCAGGAUGUUGACAUUAUUGCUAUUGGUGUCGGCGGUAGUGUUGAUGAGAGUGAACUGCACGCAAUUGCUAGCAAUCCCGACAGCGUUUUCCGAGUAAAUUCUUAUCGUGCACUGAAAGACAUCAUAAAAUCUCUUGGUUUCAUCACCUGCAGAGCUGCUUCAACUGCUGCUCCCACAACUACCACUACUCCUACGACUCCUACCACUACUCCUACCACUACUCCUACGACGACGACUACCACGACGACAACUACACCUCCACCGAAAGCGGAACCAUGCGACGGACAGGAGAUCGACUUUAACUUUAUAUUCGACCCCGCUCAAAUGGGUACGAGUGGUACUGAAGAUGCCAUUCGCUUCAUUAAAACUGUCGUGUCUGCUGAAGAUUUAAAUAAUGGUAAAGUACGCGUUGGCACCAUUACGGGACCCUGUCCAGACACAAAAGGUUUUCAUCUCAAUCGUUAUCAAAAUCUUCCUGAUAUACUGACACAUUUUGAUAGCUACAGAACAACUGAAAUUUACUCAUUGAUUACCGAUCUUCGAAUGGAAGGUUUUGAACCUGAAAAUGGCGGCCGACCAAAUGCACGCAAGGUUGGCGUCUUGUUUCUUAGGGGUAAAUUAAGCUAUCCCGAACGGGCGAAAUUAGAAGCCAAGUUGGCUAAGACAAAAGGAAUAGAAAUGUUUAUUGUCGACAUGGGCAGUUUGAACCAUGAGAGUGUACUCGAAUCAUUGGCAUCCGGAAAGUCAAGUCAUAUUCUACGAGCAUCCGAUUCAGGAGAAAUGAUUGAAAUGGCCAGGACACUUGUGGCUCAUAUUUGCAAAAAAAAGGCUGAAUGCAAGAGUAAACCAGCUGACAUCGCCUUCAUUAUUGACGAUUCUCGAAGUAUCUAUGAACCCGAUUUCUACAAAGGCAUGGAAUUCAUACAAAAUUUUGUGAACAUUUUUCAAAUUGCUCCCCAAGAUGUUCGCAUCGCCGCCGUCACAUUCGGUCAGGUAGUGAUAAUAUAUUCGGCUUUCGGGUUUGAAGCGAAUAACAAUAAACGUGAAGUUCUUAAUGCUCUUGGCAGAAUCAAGUUCGAACCUAAUUAUGGAAGUGCGACCUUCACAGAUAAAGCCAUUACUUAUGCCCGUAACAAUUUUUUCAACCAUGCGCGGCCAAAUGUUAAAAAGAUUGCUAUUGUCCUUACCGAUGGAAGAUCCAAUUAUCCGCCAAAGACAAAGGCAGAGGCGGAUCUUCUGAAAAGCCAGGAUGUUGACAUUAUUGCUAUUGGUGUCGGCAGUAGUGUUGAUGAGAGGGAACUGAAUUCAAUUGCUAGCGGUCCCGACAACGUUUUCCUAGUAAGUUCUUAUGGCGCCCUGAAAGACAUCAUACUAUCUCUUGGUUUCAUCACCUGCAGAGCUGCUUCAACUGCUGCUCCCACAACUACCACUACUCCUACUACUCCUACCACUACUCCAACUACUCCUACCACUACUCCUACGACUGCUCCUACCACUACUCCCACUACUACUCCUACGACGACGACGACAACACCUCCACCGAAAGCGGAACCAUGCGACGGACAGGAGAUCGACUUUAACUUUGUGUUCGACCCCGCUCAAAUGGGUACGAGUGGUACUGAAGAUGCCAUUCGCUUCAUUAAAACUGUCGUGUCUGCUGAAGAUUUAAAUAACGGUAAAGUACGCGUUGGCACCAUUACGGGACCCUGUCCAGACACAAAAGGUUUUCAUCUCAAUCGUUAUCAAAAUCUUCCUGAUAUACUGACACAUUUUGAUAGCUACAGAACAACUGAAAUUUACUCAUUGAUUACCGAUCUUCGAAUGGAAGGUUUUGAACCUGAAAAUGGCGGCCGACCAAAUGCACGCAAGGUUGGCGUCUUGUUCCUUAGGGGGUAA